AUCUGGUUCCUCUCCCGUAGAAAGCUGAGCAUCGGUUAAUCGCCGCAUGCAGAGUCCUGGACAACAAAUCGACGCUCUGCAGAGCUCCUGUUAGCUCUCCUGAAGCUGUCAUCACAUCAUGUUGCUGUCCAUCGCGUUGUUCUUACUCUUUCUGUCUCCGUCGAGGAGCUCGAGGCUGUGUAGUCACAUCUGCCGGUGCUAUGAACACUCAGACCUGGUGGACUGCCACGCCAGAGGUUUUGAGGAUGUCCCACAUGGACUUCCCCAUGGCACCUGGCUCCUAGACCUGGGAGGAAACAAGCUCAAGGAGAUCCGGAGCCGAGCUUUUGCUGGGCUUUGGUCUUUGCGUAUUCUAGUGCUCUCAGACAGCAGCAUCCAGGCUCUUCAAACACAGGCUUUCUUCUCUCUGUCCUUCCUGGAGAAGCUAGACAUGAGCCGUAAUAACCUCACUCAGAUCCCUCCUAACUUCUCAGAGAGCCUGUCUUCCCUGCGUGAGCUGCGUCUGGACCACAAUGCACUGGUGCUGUUGAAACCUCCAGGUCUUGAGCAUCUGGAGAACCUUGAGAAGCUGGACCUCAGCCACAAUCGCAUCCGAUCUCUUGAGCCAGGUGCGUUCCGUGGCCUGUCCCGCCUGCGCCACCUUUACCUCCAAGGGAACCUCCUGGGUGUUGUGCGAGACGGAUCCCUCACCAUGCUGCCUGCCCUGGAAGUCCUGCUCCUGGGCAACAACAACAUCUCUUGGAUCGAGGUCAAUGCACUAGCACCAUUGCACAGUCUGUCUCUGUUGGGUUUGGAGGGGAAUCGUCUGGAGCACCUGAACUUCAAGACAUUCUUGAGCAUGCAUACGGCUGCUACGCACCUGCAGCUGGCUGGGAACCCGUGGAACUGUGACUGCGACCUGCACCAUGUCUUCAGCAAGCUGCUCAGCGUGCGGCACCUGCACGUGGAUGACUAUCGCAACGUAACUUGUCAGGAGCCUUGGCAGCUCGCCGGAGCUUCUUUGGCUUGGGUGGACAGCCAGUUGUGUGUGGCUGAGACUGUUACUGUGUUAGUCAUCACCGCUACUGUGAUUGUGACCGUGUUUGGUGCCUUGGUCAUGGCAGAGAGAAAACGCAAGAAACUAAAAUACCGGGAACAGAAUGAGGGGGAACUGCAAGAGCAGUGAGGCGAUUUUGCAUGAGGUUAGGACACUUUUUUUCUCUUUUGGACUAUGAAAACACAGAUAAAAUGUCCUGCUUUGACCCCUUUUCCCAACAAAGAGUAGAUACACUAAUUCAAGCAAGAAACUGGACUGAUACAUUGAGCCGAUGUGGUGAUGGAAAUUGAAACUCUUAAGAUGCAAUUCGCAAACUUUGAACAAAAGUAUUUGGUAACUUAGAACUUUUAGAAUGUUUUGUUAUCUAGGAUGUGUUCAGAUUAGAAUCUGUGCUAGAUAACCAAUUAGUUGUGUGGAUGUGUUAUAGAAUAUAAUACCGUACAGCAGCUUCAUCUCUUUGCCACCUGCAAACUCAUGAUAAAAGCUAAACCUUUUCAGAACUUUUUUUAUUUAGUACUCUUACUAAUACUUUUAUUCUGCAAGGAUGUAUUAAAUUGAUCAAAAAAUGACAGUAGAGACAUGCUGUUGUUGAACUUUAUUUUCAUCAAAGAAUCAUGAAAAAUAUUAAUGCACAACUGUUUUCAACAUUGAUGAUGAUAAAUGUUUCUUGAACAUCAGAUCAGAAUAUUAAAAUGAUUUCUGAAUUGACACU